UAGACACGACUGACGGUCCUGGACGUCAUUCAUUACUCUGCCGACUGUAAUGAAUGCUUUAUUACAGCACCCCCUACCGACGGACUACUCAAAGCACUUAUUUAUUUUAUGUUUGUGAACGUUGAAGAUUGACAACAAACGGAUAUUUCUGAUAGCUACACAAAUCCUUUUGAUAGUGUUGUUAGUAUACAUUACCGACCGUUAGGCAGUGACCGCAUCACCUGCAGCCGGGGGAAAAAUCAAUGCGCCAUCUCAAAUUCGUGCAGCUUUCAGCCACGCGUUAGAGUCUGAUUACUCGUUUAAAGUAGUUAACAAACGUCCUAUUGUGGACCAAUAUACACCCAAAAUGAUUUGUUUAUGUGGUUGUGGUAAAUUAAACUCACUUCUCCAAAUGCCCAGAAGAUGGCGGUGAUGCGAAGCCAUGAGCCGACAGCUCGUGUCAAAGGAGGUGGGAUUUCCUCUCCUCCGCCUCAACAUCAUCUUUACUCUUCUGAGGGAUGUAUCGGCGUGCAGUGCACCUGUUUCAUGCUUUAUUUGGGUCAUCGGCCGCUGAAAUGCUCUGUGUUAACCGGUGUCACCAGCAGUAACCUCACGGAAAGGUUCAAACGACCUAUUCGCAGAAAGGCCUCGAUUAAGUGUGAUUUAGCUAGACAGAGGAUGUGUUGAUUUUCUAUUUCGGGGUGCAGCAGUGAGACAGCAUCUUUGCCGGUGACACAUCAUUAUCAGUACGAGUGGACAAGCCCUAUAGGAGACCAUGUCGGACAAAAGUGACCUAAAAGCAGAGCUGGAGCGCAAGAAGCAGCGCCUCGCCCAGAUCAGGGAGGAAAAAAAGAGAAAAGAGGAGGAGAGGAAGAAGAAAGAGGUAAGGAAAAAAUCAGAGAGCCAGCAGAAGACCGAGGCAACCCCAGAGGACUCAGACUUAGACCGUAAGCGCAGGGAGACCGAGGCCCUGCUACAAAGUAUUGGCAUUUCACCAGAGCCUCCACUAGUCCCGACCCCUGUGUCCCCAUCCAAAUCAGUGAGCACGCCCAGUGAGACGGGGAGCCAGGAUUCAGCUGAUGGGGGAGCCGCAGGCAGGUUUAGGUCAGGUUUCUCUAAAAACAAGUCACAACCACAAAGCUCAAGGACUCUGCAGUGGGACACAGACCCCUCUGUGCUGCAGCUGCAGGCUGAUUCUGAGCUCGGGCGGAGGAUGCAGAGGCUGGGGGCCUCCAAGAUCACACAGGUGGACUUCCUCCCCAAAGAGGUGGUCUCUUACUGCAAGGAGACACAAACGCCGCUGACCGCCCACCUAUCUGAAGUAGAGGAGGAAGAGGAAGAUGAGGAGAUGAUGGAGGCGAAGCCUGGCCCUGAAUCGGAGCAGCAGGACGAGGACGACAACAAGGAAAACAGAGAAGGCUCAUUCCCGGUGCUGCGGGAGCUGACGGAAGAGGAGAGGCAGCAGAUUCUUCACUCUUCUGAGUUUCAGAGUUUCUUCGACUGCAGCAUCCGAGUGAUGGAGAGAGCUCUGGCUGAAGAUGGUGACAUCUUCUUUGACUACAGUGGGCGAGACCUGGAGGACAAAGAGGGAGACCUGGCAGGCGGCUCCAGUCUGUCCUUCAGUAGGCUCUUCUAUGACGAACAUUGGUCGAAACAUCGUGUUAUCACCUGUCUUGACUGGUCCCCUCAGUAUCCUGAGUUGCUUGUUGCUUCCUACAACAACAACGAAGAUGCUCCCCAUGAACCGGAUGGCGUCGCCCUAGUGUGGAACAUCAAGUUUAAGAAGGCCACACCAGAGUACAUUUUUCACUGUCAGUCUCCAGUGGUGUCUGUGGGCUUUGCCAGGUUUCAUCCCAACCUGGUGGUGGGGGGAACUUACUCGGGGCAGAUCGUCCUGUGGGACAACCGCAGUCACCGUCGGACCCCCGUCCAGAGGACUCCCCUGUCUGCUGCUGCACACACUCACCCUGUGUACUGCGUGAACGUGGUCGGCACCCAGAAUGCCAACAACCUGAUCACUGUGUCUACAGACGGCAAGAUGUGCUCUUGGAGUCUUGACAUGCUCUCCCAGCCUCAGGAGACCAUGGAACUGGUGUACAAUAAAUCCAAACCGGUGGCGGUGACAGGCAUGGCUUUCCCCACGGGAGACGUUAACAAUUAUGUGGUGGGGAGUGAGGAGGGCACUGUGUACACCGCAUCCAGACAUGGCAGUAAGGCAGGUAUCUGUGAGAUGUUCGAGGGCCACCAGGGGCCGGUGACAGGUAUCAGCUGUCACAACGCGGUGGGCACUGUUGACUUUUCCCAUCUUUUCAUCACAUCAUCUUUCGACUGGACCGUCAAACUCUGGAGCACUAAGGUAUCCCAGCCUUUAAGAACAACUACGGAGAGAGGGAUAACGGUGAUGAAGAAAAAGAGAAAGGAAUGAGAGAGACAGGGAGACAGAGAGAGAGAGAGAGAGAGAGAGAGAGACUGCAUUCUUUCAUUUGCUCUUCCAGCCAACCUGUCUCCUCUCCUCAACCCCUCCCACUCUACCUGUCAGGAAUGCAGUUUGUAAGCCUCUGGAAUCCUAACAGCCGGUCUGAGAGAUAGGGACGCACGCACACACACACACACACACACAAACAUCAUUUGUAUUAAGCUUUAUACACAUUAUAGCGAGAAAAACAAGGCUCUUGCGCCGUGCAGAUUGUUGGGAUGACUGGAGAAAUAUUAAGAAAUACUUAUUAUUAGUUUCUGACUAUUUGAGAGUAUCAAAGUGAGAGUUGAUACCGGUUGACAGCCCUCAACUCAAGCAGUGUGCAGCACAAUAAUGGAGGAGGUGUGUGCUUUGGUACGUUUCACUCUGAUCAUAAUGUAGACUAAACUGACUACAAGAGAAAUUAUCCUCACCAUGCCUCUCUUGUCAUGUGGUCACUAGUUUACAAGAGCAGAGCAGAAAAUACAAUUAUUACAGGUGUAUCAGUAUCGGCCAAUAAGAAACAAGGAAUUCUACUAUAGAAAAUGCUAGUUUCUCCAUUAUAUAGUUUGUCCACCAGAGAGCACUGACAAGUUUUUUUUCCAACUGUAAAAUAUCCUCACUCAGUAUAUCAUAGUAACAGUUUUUUGAAAAACAAAUUUAAGAGAUCCUUGUCAAAAACGGUUGUUUUAUGUCCUAUAAAUGGUCUGCGUUCAUGUAGCGUGUUUUAUCCACAGUUCAUUCACACACAGCUGCCAGCAUCUGGAAUUUGGGGUUCAGUGUCUUGCUUGUGGACACUUCCACAUACGGACAGAAGUAGCCAGGGAUCAAACCUGCAAUCAGUGGACGACCCGCUCUACCUGCCAAGCUACAGUCACCCCCCCCUCAUGUGUGUUUUUGUUGAUCUGUCAUGAUCAGAUUAUUUAAACUUUCAAACAUCAAUAUCGGCCUCCAAUAUCCAGUUUCUGUCAGACUCCACACCCACAUCCUAUUUCCAAAGCCUCUUCCUCUCUGUCCACUGUCCACCCCCUCCUUCUCCUCCUCUUUCCCAUCUCUUUCCCAUCUCUCUCUCUCUCUCUCUCUCUCUCUCUCUCUCUCUUAGACAGCUGUUGUGUUGAGGUUACAGUACACCUUGUGGAGGGGCCCUCCCUUUCAUCUCUCCCAGCGGUUUUAUGGCGCUGUGUGAAUGUGCUAGGCUUUUUAAUUAGGCUCUGCACCCAGACAGGCCCCAAGGCUGAGGCAGCGCCACUCUGUCUGAAGCUCACUCACUCCCUCUCUCCAUUCCUUCUCUCUCUCUCUCUCUGUCUUUCCUUUCCUUUCUAUCUCUAGUGUGUCAUCUACUAUAAUCCCUAACUGUCUUUCUCUCUUUCUCUGCAGUUCUGCUUCACACCAUCAUAAACCUUUUCUUUGUC